AUGUACCUACAGCUCCACCAUCUGCCGCCUGAAACCAUCAAGGAAAGAUUACCAGGCAUCUCAGAGACAGCCAUGCACUUCACAGGGGUCGAUGUGUUAACACAACCUGUACCCAUCAUUCCCACUGUCCACUACACCAUGGGAGGCAUACCGAUCAACUAUAAAGGAGAGGUGAUCUUGUAUGACAAGGGAUGCGAUGUCGUGAUGCCAGGCUUGCAUGCGGCGGGUGAGGCUGUCAGCAACUGCCAUGGUGCCAACCGGCUCGGCGCCAACUCAAUUCUGGACAUAGUCGUCUUUGGAAAAGCUAUCGCAAUCAACAUCGGCAAGCUUAAUAAGCCGGGCGAUAAACAGCCUAAUCUUAAAGACAACAUCUGUGAUUGUAGCAUUGAUAACUUUGAUAAAAUCCGUAAUGCUAAAGGAUGCGUGCCAACUCACGAACUUCGAGAAGCAAUGAGAACUACAAUGCAGAAUAAAUGUGGGGUGUUUAGAGAUGCGACACUUUUAAACGAAGACAUCAGAGUUAGCGACAGACGGCUGAAUUGGAACAGCGAUUUGAUCGAAACUCUGGAGUUGCAGAACAUGUUGGAGGCUGCCGUGCAAGUGGUAGCUUGCGCCAAAAACAGAACUGAGAGCAGGGGUGCACAUUUCAGGGACGAUUUUCCUAAGAGAAUUGACGAAUUUGAUUACAGUAAAGAUACAAAAGGACAGACACAGAAGCCGUUCGAGCAGCACUGGAGGAAACACAGUCUUUCUAUGGUAGACCUAAAUACAGGUGACGUCAAGAUCACUUAUCGUCCCGUCAUAGACAAGCCACUGAAUGACGAAGUGGCGUGGGUACCACCGGUGCCAAGGGUUUACUAACACUUAUUGGAUACGUUAAAAUACUUAUUUUGCUCUAUUUUGUUUAUUAUUAUAUUAAAAGUAUUUAUUGAGAUCUCGUACUUGGGACUUUUAGUAGUUUAGCUAAAACCUUUUUUAAUAGUACCUUUAUUAAUACGGAGGCUGAAAUUCAUCACGGGCAAGAAUAAUUUUCUUGUUACUAUAAAUUACAGGAAAUUUUCACAGAUAGCACAGAUGUUAUUCUUUGCAUUGUGUUGUUUCGAGCUCUUGUGUCUGCCUAGUUAAUUUUUUUAAUGUUACUGUUUUAUUAAUUUGAUCAGUUUUGCAUUCAAAAUGCUAUACUGAUAAAUAUUUUUAAAUAAAAAAUGUUUAUUAAGUUCACCAGACCCAUAACGAUAUGUGGUGAGAUUGUAAUGCAGAUUUAAAACCAAAAUUAGUAACUUCUUCUUCGUUAAACUAGUAAAACCCAUGAAGGUAUAAUUUUCAACAAAUAUAUUACCUGUGAAUCGAUGCGGCGCCUGUCCAAAUAUCUUUGAAUCACAGUAACUUCCCUUCCAUAACAUGUAACCUUUAUUUAACUUACGACCCCUCGACGAUCCCUUGCUAAGCGACCGGCAUUACG